AUGGGUAUCUGUUGCAGUUGCCUCUCUCGCCAAAACUCCGAGGGGAUAUACCCGCCGUUGUUGGCUGAAAAUGAAAGAGCCGCCAUAUCGGCGUUACUCCAGUACCUCGAGAACAGAACCGACGUGGACUUUUUUAGCAACGGCCCGCUCCGGGCCUUGUCCACGCUAGUCUAUUCCGAGAAUAUUGACUUGCAAAGGAGUGCCGCGUUGGCGUUUGCAGAAAUCACCGAGAAGGAUGUUCGCCCGGUCCAGAGAGACGUCCUCGAGCCGAUCCUCAUCCUCUUGCAGUCCACUGACCCCGAGGUGCAGAGGGCCGCGUGCGCCGCGUUGGGCAACCUUGCCGUCAACAACGAAAACAAAAUCUUGAUUGUCGACAUGGGUGGGCUUGAGCCGUUGAUUCGUCAGAUGAUGUCGGAUAAUAUCGAAGUGCAGUGCAAUGCCGUGGGCUGCAUUACGAAUUUGGCCACCCAAGACGAUAACAAGGCCAAGAUAGCCACCUCCGGCGCGCUCGUGCCGCUCACAAAGCUUGCCAAGUCCAAAGACUUGCGGGUCCAGCGAAACGCCACCGGGGCCUUGCUCAACAUGACCCAUCUGGGUGAAAACAGACAGGAGUUGGUGGCUGCCGGCGCCGUUCCAGUGCUCGUGCAGUUACUUUCAAGCGAAGACCCCGACGUGCAGUACUAUUGUACCACUGCCUUGUCGAACAUUGCCGUCGACGAAAUCAACCGCAAGAACUUGGCAGCCACCGAGCCACGCCUUGUAUCGCAGUUGGUGUCGCUUAUGGACUCACAGUCGCCGCGCGUGCAGUGCCAGGCGACGCUUGCCUUGCGGAACUUGGCCUCGGACGCGCAGUACCAGCUUGAGAUUGUACGGUGUGGCGGGUUGCCGCACUUGGUGAACCUUUUACAGUCCUCUGCACACUUGCCCCUCAUCCUCGCCUCGGUCGCCUGUAUCCGCAACAUCUCCAUCCACCCCAUGAACGAGGCCCUUAUCAUCGACGCGGGCUUCCUCAAGCCGUUGGUGGCUCUUCUUGACUACCAGGACUCUGAGGAGAUCCAGUGCCACGCUGUCUCGACCUUGAGAAACUUGGCGGCCUCGCUGGAACGCAACCGUUUGGCCUUGCUUGACGCCGGGGCCUUGGCCAAGUGCAUGGAACUUGUCCUCGAUGCUUCCGUGGCGGUGCAGCUGGAGAUUUCCGCCUGUUUUGCCAUUUUGGCCCUUGCCGACGACUUGAAGUUGAAGCUACUCGAGCAGGGCAUCUUGUCAGUGCUUAUCCCGUUGACCUUUUCGCCAAACGGCGAGGUUUGUGGUAACUCGGCCGCUGCCUUGGCGAACUUGUGUUCCCGGAUUCCUGACUACGCGAUUAUCGUGGACAACUGGCAGUCACCGCAUCAGGGCAUUUCUUCGUUUCUCACGCGUUUCUUGGCUUCGGGCAACCCAACCUUCGAACAUAUUGCCCUCUGGACGAUUCUCCAGUUGUUAGAGAGCAACGAUGUGGAGGUCAACGGGUUGAUCAAGGAGAACGAACGAGUCUUGCUUGGGAUUAAGAGCGUCAGUGGGCAGGUUGCCCAUGCCGUGAACAGCGGCGGUGAGGAGGAGGGUUCCGACGAUCCAAAGGUGGAGUUGUUCAACUUAACCCAGCAGAUCUUGCAGAUAUUGGGAUAA